AUGCCCGACAACCGAUCGCCGCCCCUCGCGGCCAGUCCCUCAACAUCGCGACAAAUCUAUUCGACCAGGCCCGAUCCACAAGCUGUCGCCGUCCAAACCACACGGCCCGAUUCCCAACUGAAUGGUAAGAAUGAUUCCAUUGUUUUUUCUUUUCGGUUUUUAGGAACAUUGGACGCGGAAUGAGGAAUGCAAAUCGUCGCUACUGAUUUUAUAAUGUUUUUGUGGUUUUAAAAUGGGGGUAUAAUUGUAAAGGGGGAGAAGGAAAGAGCUGUGAUGGAUAAUGUAGUGUUUUUCUGCGCUAGCAAAAAGUUUUGCCGAGUACAAUCUUUGAAAGGUAUUUUUUGAAUUAAAUAGGGCUUUAGGCAAGAUUUAAGGGUAACUUCUUUAACUUUAUGAUAUAUAAGUAUAAGAAAAUUCAGGGCAAAAGAGCGGAGAGCUGUUGAUGUGAGGGAUAAGAUGGUUUUUCGAGCGAUAACUAAAGUUCUUUUGCGAAUACUGUUUUGAAAUGGUAAUUUUUAAAUAAAAUAAGGUUUUAGGCAACUUUUAAAGUCUAACUUAUCAACUUUAAACCGUGAUUUAUAUACAAAAAUUGAGCCGAACUCUCAAAAAGAUUUGUUCUUCAAUAAAAAACUUGCUUUUUAGUUCUUAAAACCUCAAAAAUGAUCAAAAACUAAAUCAAAGCAAGCUAGAUUUACAGUAAGACAGUUCAUAUUGAAAAUAUUAUAAAUUGUAUAGCAUGAAAAAACAACAAGAACAUAUUUUUUGGAAUAAAAAUGUCUUGAGACUUAUUCAUCAUGAUUAAUAUUCGAUUAUAUUUAUUGAAAAGAUAUGAACACUUUAUGUUAUUCGAAUUUUGAUUAUACAAAAAGAGAUUGCGAGUGAGGGUGGUAGAAGGAUUGGCAUUCUGGAAGGAAAGUUUUUGCGGUUUUUUGAAGUUUUUGGCUUAAAAGUGAGAUUUUAGGUGGUUUAGGGUUAUAUAUUGGUUAUUUUUAGUGUUUUUUGAGGUUGGAAAUUAGGUUUUGAUAAAUAAAAAAGGUAAAAAAGGAUAUAUUAAAGCAUAUUAUAGUAGGUAUAAUCUAGUUCUUCAACAGUGUCCACUAAAAACACAACAUUUCUAUGUUAACAUACCUUGUUUUAGACAUCACAGACGACGACUUGCAUGGCGGCGGGCCGGCCUCGGCUUCGCACGCGAAAGACGGCUCCACCAAACACAAGGAGAAGAUUGGGCAUCGGCGGACGGAUCGUGAGGGUGGGGUCACGUACAAGCGUGUCCCCACCAACAACCUCAUGGGUGCCAUCCAAAUGGGCAUCUCCAACUCGAUCGGCUCGUUGGCGCACCGCAAGAUGCGCGACAUUCUAGUUCAGGACUUUGAUUUGGUGGAAAUGGUCGCCUUUCCGAGGUAUGACAUUUUGGGAUGGUGAAAAAAUAGAUUGUAAUAGGGGUAGAUAAGAAAACAAUUUUUUGUGUGUCGGGGUGGUGAAAUAUAUUUUUUGGGAUGGGGUGGUUAAAAAAUUCUACUUUACCUCUUUUUACCCUACCUUAUGUCCCUACAGUAACACUUUCAGUGUACUGUAACAAAUUCCUUUUCCAUUUAAAAUUUGAAUUUUUUUCAGCGAAGGCAGUGCAACAACACCAUCACACAACUACGGCGACUUUCGCUUCAAAACCUUUGCACCAUUGGCAUUCCGAUACUUUAGGGACAUUUUUCACAUUCAAGCCGCCGACUUUUUAGUGAGUUUUUGAAAAACCGAGAAAAUGAAAUUUUGAGUAAAAUUUUGAUAGGAUAGAAUUUUAGGUAACAAAUUAUUAGUUUUGAACUAUUUUUUGAUUUUGAAAAAUUUUAGGUAACACUUUUUGUUAGAAUUGGAAUUUAGGUAACAUUUUGUUAUCGAAAAUCAAAUUUUAUGAAAAAACUUGAUUUUUAUACCUAAAAACGUCAUUCUAAAUUUUUUUAAUGGUUUUAUACCUAAAAGUUUCAUUUUAACUUUUUUUUUCAGAAUUCACUUUGCACCCAACCCCUGAAAGAGUUGUCUAACCCAGGAGCGUCAGGAUCGGUGUUCUACGUCUCAGCCGAUGACAAAUUUAUUGUAAAAACGGUUCAACACAAGGAGGCCGACUUCUUGUGCAAACUACUGCCCGGUUACUACAUGAAUCUCCAACAAAACCCACGAACAAUGCUACCCAAGUUCUUUGGCUUGUUUUGUUAUCAAGUAGGUUAAUAUUGAGGAGUUUAGGUAACAUUUUGAGAUUUUUCAUAUGAUUUUGGAAAUAUUUUUUUAUUUUAGGUAACAUUUUAGUUUUUUUUGUAUUUCAAACGCAUUUUUAAAAAUUUUUUGCUUUUCAGAGCCUAGGGAAGAACAUUCGACUAAUUGUGAUGAACAACUUGUUACCUCAAAGCAUCCACAUGCAUCACAAGUUCGAUCUGAAAGGCUCAACCUACAAACGCUACGCUAGUCGAGCGGAACGAGCCAAAGCCUCACCCACCCUCAAAGACUUGGACUUUAACGAGGAAUACCCAAAUGGCAUCACACUAGACCCAAAAACAUACGAUAUCUUGAUGGACAUAGUAAAACGAGACUGUUUAGUUCUAGAAUCCUUUAAAAUUAUGGACUACUCAUUCCUCAUAGGUAUUCAUAACAUAGAUCUAGAAGCGGGGACGGCACGUGAAGACGAAGAUCAAGCACCGAUAGCUACACAAGAAGUAACGUCACCUUCUACUGACGAUCUACAGAAGAGUUCGGAGGCCGAAACGGAGAGGAAAGAGCCGAUCAGUGCGAGGACAGAAGCUUGGAGGGCACUUCAGCUGGACUUUAAUGCUCCAAAACCUAGUCAUGAGUAAGAGGGAAUCAAAAUUGAGACGUGAGACAGUCUUGGCGUUUAUUGGAAUGUAUUUGCAAGGGGAAAAACGACAAAAAUUUUUUUUUGCAAAGUAUCUUGUUUUUGGAGUUCAGCACUCUGAAACCUAUUUAUGAGUAAGAGGAAUGAUAUUGGGAAGUAGAUAAGGUCUUGGCGUUUAUUUGAAUGUAUUUUCAGGAAAAAACGACAAGACUUUUUUGAACUUAAUUUUUUGAAAAAAUUGAGGUUUUUUUGGAUUUUUAGGAUGUUUUUGCAUUACAUUAGGGUAGUUUACAUCGGCCAGGUUUUUUCAGAGUAAGGGAGGGAAGCGUGAAAAAAUUUUUUUUUCAAAAUACCAUUACUUAUUUCAGGACCGGCGGAGUACCAGCCCGCAACCACAAAGGCGAGCGUCUCCUCCUCUUCCUCGGUGUAAUCGACAUCCUCCAAAGCUAUCGACUAUUUAAGAAGCUGGAACACACGUGGAAGAGUAUUCUCCACGAUGGGGACUCGAUCUCAGUCCACAACCCCUCCUUCUACGCCGAACGAUUUCAAGGCUACAUCGCCACGAAGGUGUUUGUCAGAGGUGGGAGCCGGGUUUACAUUUACUAACCUAGUGUGGUAACUGUGAGCUAACAUGAGUGGAUUAGACUUUUUAACACUGUGCAUGGGUUGUUGCUGUAGAUAAUGGGAGUUGAGGGGGGAUUUUGAUGAUAAGGUUGGGGUUUUGGGCUUGGAUUUUGAAAAAAAGGGUUGAAUUUUGAAAAAUUUUGAAAAAAAUAUGAUUUCUUGAAGUUUUUUGCCAUAACUUUUUAGACCAAUUAGGUAUAAGAUUGAAAUUGUUGGUAAAGAAACAUUAGUUUAUAAUGUAUUUAUUGCAAAUCAAAAAUUUUAAAAAUUAUUGUUACUUUUUGGGUUACAGUAAAUUUUUCUGACUAUACAGUUUUAAAAUUGACUUUGAAACUUUUUGCCAUAACUUUUUACUGAAAGUAGUUAAAUGAUUGAAAUUUUUGGACAAGUUACCUCGGUGUAUAUAGUAUUUAACACAUUUUAGAAAUCUUAAAACUUAUUGCUUGUUUUUGAGUUACAGUAACUUUUGCUAUAAGGAAGGUGAUUUUUUCAAAAAAUUUCUAAAUUUCAUGGUAAAAUCCAAAUUUACAGCAACAAGAACACGGUUGUGGCUUAGCUAACUCACCUUUUAUAGCUAGUAUGAAUAACAAUUUUGACAGCUGGUAUCAGUAGACAAACAUUUUUGUUUGGAAAUGUUGAAGCACUCACGCACUAUUUGUCUUUUUUUCACGUCUUUAUUUUUUGACCGUUCUUAUGGUGCUGUUCGUUCAUGUGAAUGUAAUGGGUCGUUCAUGUUGAUUCAUGUGGAUUGUCAUAAAAUAUGGGGGAGUAUAAAAAAAUAAAUUACAGGGUAGUAGGGGAAGUUAACUGUUGUUUGGGAGCAGUUUAGGACUGAAAAUGAAGGGUUUAAGAAAAAAAGGGGGGGGGGUGUAGAAAGGGGAAGGAUUUUGGGUUAUAUUUGCUCUGAGAGCUUGGAUACAACCGUACCGUGCUUAAGUAAGACAAACUGAGCUCGAUACGGCAGGAAAUAUCUACUGGAGUGCAUUGGUCACUACUCUCCCAUUCUUCCGAAAAAAUAUUUUUAACAAAAUUUUAGCUUGGUCUCCCUGUUGAUUUUUGAAAAUUAAAAAAAAAUUCUGGCCUUUAUCUCUAUGAUUGGAGUUGGGGCUUCUUCUUCGGCCCUGGGGACGGGUAAAUGGCGGUGGGCUCACUUCCUCCGUACAGCCGAUUCGGAAAAAAUUCACGAAAAAUGGGUUCACAGAAAAAAACUUUUUUGGUUUAUACCUUACCAGAAUUACAGGUUACUUACUCGCACCUACUAUAAUAUAAUAAAUACAAAGAAGACAUGAAAAAAACAAUAAAAACCCACAUUUUAUGAAAAAAUAAACCACAAUUUAGCUAACAAUAACAAAACUUGCUUGAUCGUUGUGUCGUAACCUCGUCGAAACCUCUAUAUUGUCAUCCUCAGUUCGCUUCGCCUUCACCGUAUUAUUCACAUUUUAAGUUUGCGCCUUUCGAAACCGUUCGUACGCUCGGCAUCGUGUUGUUGUAGUCGGCCAACGUUUUUUUUUGUGACCAGUUUGUGCCCAUUUUUGAACCGAUUAUUACUUCUCGCAAAGCCUAAAACGUUUUUUACCCCGUGGAUUUUUAGCCGAAGCACAAUUCUCGCGACAUCCCAACAAAUUCCGGUCGAUUGUGCAUUCGUACUUGGGUGAGUACCGAGAAAACUUUCCGUUUUAUUCAAAGUACCGUGGAACUUUUGUAUAGCGAACACUUGUGUAACGAAAGUGUCGUAUAACGAAUAACUUUUGAAGCCUUAGCUAACGUUAAAUAGUGCAUUUAAAACUCUUAUACAGAAAGUCGUUAAUAACUAGACUUGAAAGGAGGCCCAGCAAGGCUUGGCCUUUUCUCAGCUGAGGGCUUGGCUGGGCCGAAGAAAAUUGGGGGGGGGGCGACACACGUGGUCCUGAAGGCCGGUACCAGAGUUCCCAAAUUGGCAGCUCAGGCUCCGCCUUUGUUUAAAUUUUCGCUCCGGCUCCGUAGCCCGUGGGAACUCUCGCCAGGACCCAAAUCAAGGCCGGGUUGGGCCAGGCUGAAGAAAAUUUGAAAGCCGAAAAAUCGGCCCGGCCUCCCUAUAGGGUAUCUGUAAAAAAAUUUAAAUUCCUUAAGCGAUUCGUUAUACAGAGGUUCCACGGUAGCUUUAUUUUUCAUUUCCAUUGGUUUUGGUUUUAUUUUCAAUUUUGAGUUUGACUUUUGAUUUAUUUUUUUGUUCAUCUAUCAUUUUGUUUUCUUUUUUGUUCCUGUUUUUCUUUGUUUUCAUCUUUUGGUUCUUUCUUUACUUGAUUUUGAUCUUUUGAUUCUUGUUUUAGUUUAUCAUCGCUUUCUUUUUGAGUUUUUGCUUUACUCAAUUUUCAUCUUUUGGUUCUUGUUUACUUGCUUUUCAUCUUUUGGUUCUUGUUUUAAUUGCUUUUUAUCUUUUUUUUCUCGUUUUAGUUCAUCUUUUGUUUCUUUUUGAAUUCAUGUUCUUGUGAUUCUAAGUUUUUGAUCAGGUUGUACUUGUAACGCUUUUUGUUCAUCUUGUCUUAUGAAUAUUUGAACUCUCAAUUUCAAAUUUAUACAUAUUUUGCCCAAAGGAUUAUAAUGAGAAAAACGUGAUGAGAAGGCCGUUUCAUAGAGUUUCUGAAAAGGUCCAAUUCAUUCCUGCAUUACUUGAACCAUACUAGAUACCUUAACAUUUGAUAAGAUUAUUAUAAUUUACAAGUAGAAAUAGUCUGUCUAACGCAAGGUUUUGGCUAGGUGUUUGUGUCUUUCUUCUUUGGGGGUUUUGUUUAGCAUUGAUAGUUAGUACAUCAAUAUUUUUAAAGUAGAAUGUUUUUCUUUUCGUAAACUUUCAUAAACGUUGCCCUAUCCAAUCACGCUUAAACCUUUUGCACAGGUUAACGUUAACAGUAACUAUCUAAUCAUAAGACUGAUGCAUCAGCUGAUGAAGAAUGUCAUAUUAUUCGUCGUACUUACAGUCUAAUAUACAGUUACUUUAUUUGCAAUACUAUAACAUAAUAGUUUGAAGAAUAAAGCUAAUUUUCCCUACUUUCCUCACUAACAUCUUAACCAAACUAGUCUGAUUAUGUUUGACCUAUUCAUCUUUGAGUACAUCUGAGUUUUGGAUUAUUUUAUGUUUGGGUUGUUUUUCGCAUGAGUUUUUGAGGUGAAAGGACUAAGUUUCAAUGCGUUUUGUUGAAUAUUUGUUACCUAAAAUGUCAUUUUCAGCGAUAAAACAAAACCCGCAACGGCACGUGCGAAACAAGUCGAUUCCAGAAGGUGAAGAGCCGAAGGAAAACGAGCCGUUGAUGAGUCAGCGCAACACUGACCGCCGAUCUCACUUCAAGUCCAGCGAUUCUGAGUAUGGUUUUUGAAGAUUUUACGAAAUUUUAAAAUCUUUGGAAAAAAAAAUUUUUUGAAAAUUUAAAUUUUUUUUUCAAAAUUUUAAAUUUCAAAACUUUCAGAAAACGCAAGAAAAUGGACCGCCUAUUCGCAUCGCCGGACGAAUCGUCCAGCUCAAAAACGCCCGUCGAUGGCACCAUCACCACUGCCGAUCCAUCAGACACUGAUCCUCAUCGAACCGACCGCCCCCUCGAGUACAGCGACAUUCAGCUGCGGCUGGACUAA